AUGAUUCCAGUUGAAUUUGGGGAAAUCUCCAGGAAUGCGCAAGGUGUGUUGAACCGAGACUUCUUCCAUGGUACUGGGGGAGUCAUUCAAGUGUCUACCAGCUCUGAUGAUUUCAGGUUUAACAGUAGAGGAAAAUUUUCAGAUGGCAAUUUUGGUGCAAACUUAUCUGGUAGGCAUGCUAUUAAAGGUACUGGAAUCGCAGUAAGCCAGAGUUUAGAUAACAAGAACCAGUUUUCCACUAAGUUUGAGUACAAUAACUCACAGUUGAGAAGUGAUGUCACUACUAAUUGGGUGCCAGGUACCGUUAAUAUCAAGAGCAGUCGUCUUGGAUUCAACUAUUUCAAUGCAUUGAUGAAUUCAAAGAUGUCCGUUGAUCUAUUUAACCCAACAAAAGUUGUAGGAUCAAUGACUAUGGGCUACGGGAAAAUGGUUGGUGGAUCUGAGGUAACAUGUGAUAUAGCGCAGAAUAAGUUUACAAGAUAUGCCUUAUCGAUGGGCAUCUAUGCUGGUAAGCGUAAUUUGACGUUCUUGAUAAAUGAUGCACACGUAAUGACAUUGACGCUCUACCAAAAGCUGUCGCCACAGUUUGAAGCAGCAGCCAAAACCACUACCCGGUUCAACGAAUCCAAUAAAACCUCUGUUGAAGUCGCCACCGCAUACCGCCAUAAUAGUGCUCAAUAUAAACUGAAGUUAAACGACGCGGGAUUGGCGUGUCUAUCCUACAAAGUUCCCUUCCAAAAGAACAUUUCCCUCGGACUAGGUAUUUCGAUGGAUGUUUGCAACCCCACUGUGAAGAAGUUCGGAUGGUCAUUAAAUUUCCAAUAA